AGUGAUUAACCCAGAGGUUCGAUCUUGUUUAAGUUCAAAUGCAGUUAAAGCGGAUACAUUCCUCUGUAAACUUCAAUUACAUCUGGGAUAAGUGCACUGGCCGUCGGCUUCGAUAAGCAAUAUGAAAUAACGAAAUCGAAUUCUACAGACGAAACACGAGCUGAUUUGGAAAGAUGCUGUGCUCCACUAAAAAUAAUCGCAGAUGUUUUUCACGCGAUUUCUCUUCAUCGUCGUUAUUCCAUUCUACCAUUUUUGGAUGGCAACGUUCGCAAAUUUUCUGAUACUUGCCCAAUUGAUAAAUUUUUAUUUGGAAAAACAUUUCCGGACCAAUGGAAAUCCGCAAGUGAAGCUCAACGAUUAGGCUUUUCAAUCAAGAAGAAGGAAAAAGCCCUAGGAUCAGCAUCUUCCAACCAGUCGUCUAUAAGAAAUUGGAGCCCAAGCCAGGUCCGUCGAGGGUCCCGUCGUCUUUAAACUCCCGGCGCCAGCAACACAAAUCUCGCAUGAAAACGAGGAGGAGAGGUUUCGUUCAGCAAGGUCAUACCGGAAGCAGUAGACAAGACGCAGUCAUUAAUUUUUUGAGUGAUCAAUUUCAAAACAGUUGCUCCUACUCAACACUUAACUCACAGAAUUUUCAAUCAGAGACCGUCAAGACCUUAGUACCAAUCAACUUGGGAUCCUCAACCAGUUUUAGAGUACUUAUCUACCUUGUAUCCCUUAACAGAAAUAUCUUUAUAGCACUAGGCAUGCAGCUACAUCUGCAGCCUAUAGAGCUGGAGUCUCUAUUGAAAUGAUAAGAGAGAGGGCUGUUGGACGCAAAAAUCAUAAAUCUUUUCUAAGUUUUAUAAUCGCCCUCUUGUAAUGAUGUUACGGCCUUUGCUAAAGGUAUCUUGAGUUAAGCUCAGUUUAAUAUAUUUUUUUUAUGGAUUAAUAGAGUUUGAUCAAAUUCUAUACUACUUUUUGAAGAGAGAGUAGUGAACUGUUCAUAAUAUAAUAAUUUGUAUUAGAAGAUAGUAUUAUUGAAUUGUUUUGUUUAGAUUCCUCUAUUAGAUCUUUAC